CAAUAAGGUAAUUAGCCACGAAUUCAACAUUUAAUAUUUUGAAACCUUUUUUAUAUGACACUGGACUAACAUGAACGUAUUUAAUUCCGAAUUAUUUCUCUUUGCUCUAUUUGAUUUUGCAGUCUAAUAUAAUAAAAUGUCCUGGAAUUCAAAGACUUGGGCUUGGGUUGGUAAAUACUUCUCCAUUAACCCUUUGGUAACUGAUGGUAUGCCUGUUGUUGGCAAAUUCCGUACUCCUGCACCCGCUUCUCAAGGAAAAUACACAUAUCCCAAAACAUCUGCUUCAGCCAUCAGCAACAACCCUUAUUACAAGCGUGACACACGUAGAAACUUCCCUCGUCUUGCUGUCUACAAGCAACAAGACCUCGCCCUUCUCCUCGAAGGUGGUGUUGUUAACCCUAGUCUUCCUGAGGAAGCUGCUGUCGAUAAAGUUGUUGCCUCUACCGAAACCAAACCUCUUGUCGAAGUUUUGAACUCUCACAAGCUUUAUUCAGCAAGCAAACUCCCCCCUAUUCCUCAAUUCGGCCGCAAAGCUGCUUGGAGAGAUUCAGAGGACUUUGUUUUCCCCAACGAUGGUUCAUAUUUCCCCAUGAAGGUCAUCACCAUGUAAAACAACAUACAAUCUAAAUUAAAAAAAGAAAUAAAACCUCAGUUCUAGAGUGGAAAUUAUUGUAACAAGA